UCCAUGGUUAAAGUACCCUUAAUAUAAAUUAAUCGACUUUCACGAGUGACACGAAUCACCCUGUUUGAAAUAUAAUGUUUUCUUCUUAAAUUAUAAAAUCAGCACAUAUAUUGCGAAAUGUCACGAUUUCUGCUAUCCUCUCGGAGAUUGAUUCCGCAGAUUCAGCAAGAUUUCUUGCUCGCCGGCUCAUGGAUUUCGACCCUGCAGCCGCACAGGGGAAAAGCCUCGACACCGAUAAACAUGUGUGUUAUGUUUGUGCCCCAGCAAGAGGCCUGGGUGGUGGAGCGGAUGGGCCGCUUUCAUAGGAUUCUGGAGCCCGGCCUGAACGUCUUGGUUCCCGUGGCAGACAAAAUCAAGUACGUGCAAAGUCUGAAGGAGAUUGCCAUAGAUGUGCCCAAGCAAAGUGCUAUUACCUCCGACAACGUGACGCUUAGCAUCGACGGAGUGCUCUACUUGCGCAUCAUCGAUCCCUAUAGAGCUUCCUACGGCGUGGAGGAUCCGGAGUUCGCCAUAACGCAGCUGGCCCAAACGACAAUGCGAUCGGAGCUGGGCAAGAUGUCGCUGGACAAGGUGUUUCGCGAGCGAGAGUCGCUUAACGUCAGCAUCGUCGACUCCAUCAACAAGGCCAGCGAGGCGUGGGGCAUCGCCUGCCUGCGCUACGAAAUCCGUGACAUUCGACUGCCCACGAGGGUCCACGAGGCGAUGCAAAUGCAGGUGGAGGCGGAGAGAAGAAAAAGAGCGGCGAUUUUGGAGUCCGAAGGUGUUCGCGAGGCGGAAAUUAACAUUGCCGAGGGCAAGCGGAAGUCCAGGAUCCUAGCAUCGGAGGCCGAGCGGCAGGAGCACAUUAACAAGGCCAGCGGAGAGGCGGCUGCCAUUAUUGCCGUGGCGGAUGCCCGGGCCCGCAGCCUGCUGGCCAUAGCCAAGUCCCUGUCUAACCUGGACGGGAAAAAUGCAGCCUCGCUCACACUGGCCGAACAGUACAUUGCAGCGUUCAAGAAGCUGGCCAAGACGAACAACACCAUGAUCUUGCCCUCCAAUCCCGGCGAUGUCAACAGUUUCGUGGCUCAGGCCCUGGCGGUUUACAAUCACGUCUCCACCUCCAGCCAGGCCAGCAUCAACGCUCCGGAGAACGUCAAGAGCAUGAACGCCUGCCUCAACGCGAGCAAUGCGACCGAGUACAACCAGUUGAACGAGGAGAAGAGCAGUGUGAAAAUGAAUAUUGAAUAAGGUUAAAUAAAAGAUUGUUGCUAUUA